CCCCGCCUCCGGUAUCUAGCUACCCUGCACCAUGAAUGAAUAUUAGGGCUUAUUAUAAUAUAGACAGGUCCAUGGAUGCUAGCUAGUAAUCAUAGAAAUACCGCGGUGGUUUAUUCCCAAAGAUAAGCCGCCAGCCCUGAGUUCGGCAACGAACCGCGAUACCCGAGCAGUUCGUGGAAUUUCUAGCUAUUCCCUGCAUGAAACUCCAUACUCCAUUUCUCAUAUGCGGGGGUGAAUGAAUAUACGUGAAAAAUAUACAAAGUCACAGGAGUCACCACUGUACGGAGUACAUGUAUACAACACCGCCCAAUACAUAGUGAAGUUCAUUCCAUUCAGAAAUAUAUAUAUACACAAUGACAGGACGCCCAGCCAACCUCCCCAAAUUCACCGACGUGCCUUUGAACAAAGGAGAUCCUCCAUUUUCCGCAUGGGGCUUGUAUGGGAAGGAUGACCAGCUGGGAUGCCUCAAUCGCCAGACCGACACCAUUGUGGUGGAGGCUGUGAAGGAGAUAAAGACGGGUGUGAGAGUGUCGCUAAACUGGCCGCUGGACGCCCAAAGCAAAGUUCACUUCUUCAGCCGGCAGGUGUUCCACAAGCAGAUCAUCGACAAAUCGCCUCGGACAGUGAAUGAUGAUUUCUGGACGUUUAACACGCAAAGGGAUGGACUCCGUCAUUUCGGCUACCAGAAAGAAAAGAGGUUCUAUAACGGCGUGACAAUGGAAGACAUUCACAGAUCGAAGGACACCGAGAUAUUUAAGAGAACUUCAAUUCCGCUGAAAUAUCUCCAGGGUGUGGCAGAGUCGCAGGGGACAGAGAUAAAUUUUGGAGACAUACUUAUCAUCCGAGUUGGUAGGACAAUGCUUUCCUCUUCUCUCCAUUUCCCUCCUAUGCUUUAUCGGUUUAUGACGCUAGGAUAUAUGAAGGCAUUUAACCAGCUAUCAAUGGAUGAACUGGAAAAGCUGGCCAAACAAAACCCGUCCAAUUUAAUAGGGGUAGAACGCAGCGAGGAGGUGCUUGAAUGGAUAUGGGAGAACUUCUCCGCAGUAGCAGGCGAUCAUCUAGCUUUUGAAGCAUAUCCUCCACCGAAAGACUGGAGCAUGCAUGGGGUGCUCCUCGCAGGCUGGGGAUGUCCUAUCGGAGAGUUAUUCGACCUUGAUAAGCUGGCUGAGGAGUGCGAGAGGCAGAAUAGAUGGUCGUUUCUCGUCUCGAGUGAAAUGUGCAACGUUCCAGGUGGAGUUGCAAGGUAAGUGGAAAUCUACCCAUACCCAAUAGUAUACUGUGUGUUGAAAUAAACCAGUCAUGUCUGACGGAGACAUUUCAUGCAUAUAUGUAUAUAUAUAGCCCACCAAACACCCUGGCAAUAUUUUAAAAAAUCCUAUUAACAUCCGGAAGUGAAUCACGAAUUUUCUUGAGAAUUCCCAGCAGUUCCCUGUGCGCUUUCUUUGUUUCUUGCUUGACUACCUUCCUGCGAGUUAUUUUGCGCAUGUUCUUGGGCAUUUCCCUGAGCAACAGCUUCGAUGCCGGAAACAAUACGCGGGGGAGGAGCGCGUAUCUUGCCGCACAUAACAACAUCCUGACCUAGUGGCUGCCAUUUAAUAUCAUACGGAUUAAGAGCAC